AUGGACGAGGAGGGGCCGGUGGAGAUCGAGGAGCUCUUCGCCCUGCUCAACCAAGGACAAGAAGCCGGCGGCCAGGGUGAAGGUCACGGGCCCAACGGAGAAGGCGCGGUUCGCGAUGGAAGUGACGCCUGCCCCGACCAGAACGUUCCAGCGAUCAACGAGGUGACGUCUUCUGGCAUGUUCGCGCUCGACGGACCGCCAGACGUCGCGGACGUGGAGAAGCUGCAGUUUGCCUGUGACGCUGUUGGUGAAGGUGCCGACGACGGCCGUGCGGGCCCGAGAGCGUGGGUCGGGUCCCUAGCCGGGGGGGUUCGGGGGCGUGGCGACGGUGGUUGUGAGCCAUACAUCCGGGUUUCGCGGGGGGGUGAGUUUACCGAUUCCUUUGAGGCGUCCUUCUUUGCCAGGACGUUCCCGACCCUGUUCCCAUUUGGCGUUGGGGACCAAGGCUGGUUGAAGAGACCAUGGUCGACGCGGGAAGGUCACGGCCAACUUGCGAGGCAGGGCUGUCGAGGCAGAGGCGGCCGCGGAGACCCUGUAUCGUCUCGAAGCUUGAACCUUCAGGCGUGGGCCGAGAUCGUGCUCCGGCGCCAUGGUGGUCGAUUUGCACUGCACCACAUCUUCGCAUUUCUCGUCUUCAACAUGGGGGUGCGGUCGAGGAACCGCCGGGUCAGCAUGUUGAGUGUGGGGAGGAAGAACUUCCGCAAGGUAGAGCGCAUCUCGCUCAUCGUCGGAUAUGGCGUGCCGGCCAUCUGGUUCACCAUCAACCCGAACGACAUUACGAACCCGGUGAAGCUGCGACUGGCGGCAUACCGCACACGCGAUCCCGACGCGGCCGAGGAGUUCUUAGAAGGCCUUGGGGAUGCGUAUAAGCGGGCACGGCUGGCGAUAUCGGAUCCCAUGAGCUCGGCCGUGUUCUUCCACCGCGAGAUGAAGCUGUUCUUCGAUCAUUACGUGAAGGUCGGUGAAGACUCGAUGCUUGCCGACAUCCACGGGGAGGAUCAGGCGGCGUAUCGCGAGCGAAUCGUCCGAUACAUCGAUAGCGUCUUCUCAGAGGAUCUGGACCAGGAAAGUUUUUGCGCCGUGCAAGCGGAGCGAUCUGUGACGGGCGGUAUUGGUUCCCUGCUGGACAACGCCGCGCAGUUCUCGGCCGCGUUUAUAGAGGACGCGGCCGAGCUCCUGGCCGCCUCAACAGGGAACAGGACGCGACAGUUCCUGAUGAGAGUGGCGAACCGCGUGUUCACGGAGCGUCCGCUAUCACAGGUCGAGGUCGUCGCUCACCUUCUCGGAUAUCCGGCCGAGUUCACCGACAGCAGCGCGUGGGCGUACCUGAACUGUUCUCUGCUGUACUGGGAAGUCUUUCGGCGAUGGCGGCAUCUCCGAGAAGCCAGUGGCGCUGCGGCUACGGAUGACACCUUGGAUGAGUCGGUGCUCAGGCGGCCGGGCAAGCACGCUACCGUCUGCCUCGACGGCUACCUGAGCAAGGACUUCACCUACGAUGACGAGUCGUGCUACCGGAGGGCAGCCGUGCAGCAUCUUGCGCUGUUCGUGCCGUGGAGUCCUUCCUGGGCGAAGGAACAGCUGCUUCGACGAUCCGCCGAAGACGCAAAACGCGACGCCAAGCAAUGGGCAGCCUCGUCCGGCGAUGGCGACCCGACGGUCGCACACGUCGAGGAGGGUGGAGCAGGCGAGGCGGGCGCGGAGUCUGCAGCGACAUAUCAGCCCAACAGCAUCGGAGACGCAACGCGGCUCAUCGACGUCGUCCGAGGUGCAGUGGGAGCGAAUCAGGUGACGGCCAAGUCGCCGGAGCUCAUGGCAAUGAUACAGCAGCUCUGGCGGGUAUUUUCCGGGGCCGCACUACCGCCGCAGGAUCAGGUCAAGGCUAUCAAGUCGCAGCAGGUAAGUGCCUCGAAGGAGAGGGAGAGGAUGAUCCAAGGGAUACAAAGCACGCCCGCCGCCUGGGAAAGCGAUCGCCGCGCAGCGUUGCGAAGGGUGAUGACCGGUUUCGGGGAGGACGAGGUCGAAAUGACGAUGGCCGACUCCGACGAGACCGCUAUCGACGCAGGGGCGGGAAUGGACGUUCAGUUUGGCCCAUCAACCUCCUUCCUCGCGGCGGGCAAGGUGUUGGCAACACGGCUGACGCUGAACAAGAGGCAGUCCAUCGCUUUUCUGAUAAUAUGCCGCCAGCUCGAUUUGAUGCAGCAGACCGACGGGGGCGAUGCCUGCCAGCUGCGCCAGUUCGUCGGUGGCGAGGGCGGUACCGGCAAGUCGCGAAUCAUCGAGGCACUCGUCGAGCUGUUCAGUAAAAAGAGCCUUUCGAAUCGUCUGCUGAUCACGGCGACGUCGGGGACUGCGGCGGCGCGGAUCAACGGCAUCACGAUCCACUCCGCCUGCGGGUUCACUAAAGACCAAGGGGCGGGGGGCGCGAACAUGGAGAAGGAUGUGCUCGUCAUCGACGAGGUGAGCAUGCUCGGGGCGCGGACGCUGCACGCCGUGAACGAGCGGCUUCGCCGGCUUCGCGGAUCGCGGCAAGAUUUCGGGGGGAUCCCCAUCGUCCUCUUCUGCGGAGAUUUUCAGCAGUUCCGGCCGGUCCAAGAGAGGUCGAUCGUCCUGCCUAGCGCGGCCAUCUCGUGGGACGUAGACAACUCGUUCAAGGCCGAGCAGCGUCACCAGCACGACAAAGCGCACGCACUGUGGAAGAGGUUCACGACGGUCGUCAUGCUGGACGAGCAAAUGCGCGCCGCCGGCGACCCGGAGCUGCAGAGGCUGCUGAAGCGGAUCCGUCUAGGCGUGCAGGAUCGGACGGAUCUAAACCUCCUCAACUCAAGGAAUCGGUGGAACCUGAACAUGGAGGCGAGCCUGGCGUUCCGGGUCCAGCAGCGGUCGACGAUGCGCAUUUUCAUCUCCGAGCACAAGUGGAAGGAGGAGCUGCCGACGGAGGAAGAGGCGAUCAUGAUACUCAACCAGGGCGACGAUAGCGCGAUCCCGGUGCCGGCCGUCUUCAUGUUCGUGGCCGGGAUGCCCAUCGUCGUGAACCACAACACCCACCAGGGGCUGAAGCUAGUGAACGGCGCGAGCUACUCGGCGGUGGAGGUCAUUGUCGACAAGGCGUACCCGGGGCAUCGGAUCUCGGCCGAUAUGACGAUCCACUUCGGCCGCCGGCGGGGAUCAUUCUCGAAUCGGAGACGACGAGAUAUCUCCACUUCUGCCAGCGAAAAAGGCCGUGGCAACGCAACGACGUCAGCCGAAAGGGGCAAAACGCUGGAGCGCGGCCCUCGAGCUGCGAGGGACACGGACGACGAAGAUGGAUGGAACGGUGGUGCCUCGCAGUGCGACCCGUACGGCCUGUACGUGCAGCUAUCGCGCUGCCGAACUCUAGACGGCAUCAUGCUCGUGUCCAAGGUGCGGGACAGAGACUUGGUGGGCAACCGGGUCCCCGAGGAGAUGACUGCCGCACAGGCCAGGCUCGAGGUACUGAGCGAGAGGACCGUUGAGGAGGCGUUGCGCUGGCUGGACGGUGAUGCUGAAGAGUCAAGGCGGCCGCGCUAG